UCGCAGUGUCUCGAGCGCUGUAGCUAGCUUGAUGCUAGUGUGAAAAGCUCACGAUCACUUCUGAAGGACGGAAAGAAACACAGCCACUGCCCGCAACACUUUCCCAUCUUCCCCACUGUGUCGGCGCCGUAAGACAGUGUGAGCAGAGACUUGGUCACACAAAAAAAAGCCUUUUGUCAUGUCAGGACAGAAGAAAGGAGCCGCAGCGCGGCUGCUUAAAUGUGCCUUCUGCAGAACCAACCGGGACAAGGAGUGCGGGCAGCUGCAAUUGUCGGACAGCCAGAAGGUGGCAGCCCACCACAAGUGCAUGCUUUUCUCCUCUGCCCUGGUCACAUCUCACUCAGACAGCGAAAAUAUCGGAGGGUUUUCCAUUGAGGAUGUGAAAAAGGAGAUCAAGAGGGGGAAUAAAUUGAUGUGUUCCUCAUGCCACCGGCCGGGUGCCACUAUCGGCUGUGACGUGAAGACGUGCCGGAGGACGUAUCACUAUUACUGCGCUUUGAAAGACAAAGCCCAGAUCAAAGAGAAUCCCUCACAAGGGAUUUACCUUGUUUACUGUCGUAAACAUCGGGAUGCCUCUCACGAUGGCAUUCAAGGUGAAGAGGGAGCUGUGGCCUGUGAGUCGGACUCGUCACCUCCACAAAGUAGGGGACGGGGAAGGUUUGAGAAAGGCCGGGCCAAGGUCGGAUCUCGUGGCCAAUCGGAAGACACCCGUUCCACUUCCUCGCAGGCUGCAGACGAGGAGAGCUCCUCCCACCGCGAGAGGUCACCUCUCCGGGCCAGCGUGGGCGACGGUGGCCAGCGCUGUGGCUUCUGUCACGCUGGCGAGGAAGAGAACGAGACGAGGGGCAUGCUUCACACCGACAACUCCAAAAAAGUGGCCGCACACUACAAGUGCAUGCUUUUUUCAUCGGGGACGGUGCAGCUGACCACCACGUCGCGGGCUGAAUUUGGAAACUUUGACGUGAAGACGGUCAUCCAGGAAAUCAAGAGGGGGAAAAGAAUGAAAUGCACACUCUGCACUCAGUUGGGUGCCACCAUUGGGUGUGAAAUCAAGGCGUGCGUGAAGACCUACCACUUUCACUGCGGCCUGCAAGACAAAGCCAAGUACAUUGAAAACAUGGCUCGUGGCAUCUACAAACUUUACUGCAAGAACCACAGUGGCAACGAGGAGAGGGAUGAAGAAGACGAGGAGCGAGAGAAUCGCAGUAGACAGAGGGCAGCAAACAACCACGGAGAAACGCCGUCAAUGCAAGUGAAUGGCAACUAGGUCGGUCUGAUGGAUGUGGCGCAGGGCGAAACCAGAAGAAACCGAAGACGAGGGACAGACAUUUUUUUAUAUUAAGUUUUAGCCCGCUCACAAAGCCGUGGUCUACAAGCUCCCACAAGUCCUUUUUCUACACGUUUUCUCCCAAUAAACGGACGCGACGUCCCGGCGUGCGUCGUCUACAUGUGAAACCCUGUUUUGACUCUCCUGGAUGAGCCGCUCACGGCCCGGUGGCACCCUGCAGAGCACCGGACUGCUGCAGGAUGCCGGAAAGCCAUGGCUACUCUUUCCCAGGAGUCGGUCAUCGGCUCCCAUUUCAAAUACAUGUAUUGUUUCUGCGAGUAAAAGGUGAUGGACUGAUCAUGUGAUUGUCGCUCACUGCCCAUGUGCCCCGCCCCCCCCCCCCCCCCCCCCCCCCCCCCCCCCCCCCCCCCCGGAUGCAUUCUGGCUCUUCCUUUGCUUCUCAAGGACUCACUUUUAAGAGGGGUCUGUUUGUUACUAGUCUCUCUAUCAAGUUGUGCAGUUUGAUUACCUUGUUUCUGUAAUCACGUCUUAAGAAUACUCUUCAUGUUAGUCUUUCUUUCUUGAUAUGUAAUAUUUUGCUACUGUAUCAUGAGUCAUUUUUUAAUAUCUGGAUUUCAGACAGUCGCAAUUACAAGUUUCGCCAGCAUGCACUUGGAUUUUCCCUCACUGUUCAAGUUUUUUUAAAUUUAGCUACCGAAGGGCAAUGUAGAGCUCUUUAGGGGAGUUGGCCUGACUUGAUUUGAUGUACUGUUACCUGUAUCUCUACAAAUGUACCCAUGAAUGAUCAGAAAUAGAAAAAUAUUUUUAUUUUACA